UCCGCAAGGCCGUCGAGUUCCUUGAACGCGGGCGGUCCGUAUUCUGGCGCCAAGCUUUGCAGCUCAAAACACCUAUGACCCGGCUCGAAGAGAGUGAGCCCGAGCUCGCCCGUAGGCUGGCGGAGCUGGCCCGGGACCUCAAUAUUAGCGCAUUCCGCACCAGGAUGGACGGGGAUGUGAGUGCGCGAGACGCUUUCAUUAUCCGCGAAGGGGCCAAGCGUCGUGCACUCGCUGAAGAAUGGGAGCGGUUGCUCACAGACGCGCGGCAUGUCGAGGGGUGCGAGGACUUGCUGCUGCAGCCCUCUUACCAUCGACUCGCACAGGCUGCAUUGUCUUCCACAAUCGUCUUGCUCGCCAGGCGAGAUGCAUCACCGAGGUAUCUGCCUCUUUCGGCCAUCCCAUACAGUCGAGUCUCGGGCUGGGUCGAUCGACUUCGCGUCACUUUGAAACAAGCCAACAGAGGGGCCCGCCAGGCAUUUGACACUCAGGACCGAUACAGUGGCCCUGCUCGCCAGCGGAAAGCACAAGGCGAAGAGGCGACUCUCAUACGUUUACUGGGUGCGAUCUGGCGCGAUGUUGUCCAACCGGUCCUGGACUACCUCAAAUUCACAGAAGUCCGUGAGGAUCCUCCGCGCAUUACAUGGUGUCCUACGGGUGCUCUCGCGCUGUUACCCAUUCACGCAGCGGGAAUAUAUGACGGGAAGCUCGGACCGUGUGCAGCUGAUUACGCUGUUUCGUCCUACACACCGACACUGUCCGACCUCCUAACGACGUCGACAUCAUCUGCCAUUGGAUCACCGAUCAAAAUCCUCUUGGUUGGUCAAGCCGACUCACCUGGCCACCCUUCUAUCCCUAAUGUCGAUGUUGAACUCAAGAGUGUCGAUGCAGUUAUUCGCUCAGUCGCCAAGAUGCACUGUGUUCAAAGCUCAGACGCGACAAGCCUCACAGUACUCGCCGAGAUGGCAAAAUCUCACAUCACUCACCUCGCUUGCCACGGAAUCGCAUCCCCGACUCCUCUGGAUAGCGCGAUAGUGCUCCACGAUGGAAUUCUCCCAGUCCUUAGGCUCAUGCGCACUCCGUUGCCCGACGCCAAGCUUGUGUUUCUGAGUGCGUGUCAGACAGCACGACUGAGUGCGUCUGAGCCGGACGAGUCUAUCAACAUCGCGUCAGCUAUGCUAUCUGCCGGGUUCCAAACUGCAGUCGCGACUAUGUGGUCUAUCAGUGAUCGUGACGCACCCCGCAUUGCCGAGUUGUUCUACCGGCACUUGCUACAAGACGGUAGCAUCAAUUUCGGCGGUGCAGCUCGCGCACUUCACGCAGCAGUCAAGGUGUGCCAACAGUCGAGGAU